AUGAGGGAUACCACUCAUGGAUGGCUCGGAAAAAUCGGAUGCUCCUGGAUUGGGAAGGGCUGGAGCAGGGAAGCGCCGCAGGAUCGAGGGGCCUCUCCCAGGAGGUGGAAUUCCCAUGGAAUUUUUCCAUCCGCCUCUUCCCAAAUCCCAAAAUCCCGCUCUCCCAGCCCUUUGUCCACCAGUUUUCCCUCUUUUUCCUCUCCAGGACUUUCCUUCUACACCCGAGUGUUGGAAAACUGCGAGGACGAGGCCAAGUUUGACGAGACUUUCCGCUGGCCGGUGGCGACCAACGUCGACGGGAAUGAGAUCCUGGAGAUCCAAGUGUUCAACUACAGCAAGGUCUUCACCAACAGGCUCAUCGGGACGUUCCGGAUGGUCCUGCAGAAGGUGGUGGCGGAAGGGCAGCUGGAGGUGACGGACACGCUCAUCGAUGACAACAAUUCCGCCAUCCAGACCAGCAUCUCCAUAGAGAUCCGCUACCAGGCUCUGGAUGGGGCGGCGGGCACCUGGAAUGACAAGGAAUUCCUGGAGACGCCCGGCGUGCCCUCGGAGGGCGGCGGGAGGUGUUCCUUGGAGACCCACAGCCUCCUGCCCGGCCACCGGCACGGCUCCGAGGUCCCUCCCGGGAAAUCCAACCAGCAGUCCUCGGAGAGGAGCUUCAGGAGGAUGGAAGAGGACGAGCUGUAUUUCCACAGCGAGGAUGAGCUCCUGGGAGAGGGGGAUUCCCUGAGCCAGGGAUCCCUGGACACGAGGAUUAAGUUUAACGAUGGAUACAAGGCGGUGGCAAGCGAAGACCCGGAAGAUCCCAGAUCCACGACCAAAGGGAAAGAGAAAAAACACCUGGUGUUGCCGUUCAGCAAAGGCAAGGAGAAGACCAAGGAGCACAAAGCUGGAAAAGGAGUUUUUUCAGCCAUGAAGCUUGGAAAGACCCGUCCGUCCAAGGACGAGCAUCGGAAACAAGAUGAUCCGGCUGUUCUGGAAACAGAAGACCUGGACAGAAAGGCCAUGAGAUAUGGAGCAGGCCUGGAGCCAGACACCAUCUCCCUGGCCUCUGUCACCGCUGUCACCACCAAUGUCUCCAACAAAAGGUCCAAGCCUGACAUCAGGAUGGAGCCGAGUGCCGGGAGGCCCAUGGAUUACCAGGUCAGCAUCACCAUCAUCGAGGCCCGGCAGCUCGUGGGGCUCAACAUGGACCCCGUGGUGUGCGUGGAGGUGGGGGAGGAGAAGAAAUACACGUCCAUGAAGGAAUCCACCAAUUGUCCUUACUACAAUGAGUAUUUUGUCUUCGAUUUCCACGUUCCCCCCGAUGUCAUGUUCGACAAGAUCAUCAAGCUCUCCGUGAUCCACUCCAAAAAUCUCCUGAGGAGCGGGACAUUGGUGGGGUCCUUCAAGAUGGACGUUGGCACUGUUUAUACCCAGCCUGAGCACCAGUUCUACCACAAAUGGGCCAUCCUGUCCGACCCUGAGGACCUCACGGCCGGCCUCAAGGGCUACCUCAAGUGUGACAUCGCCGUGGUGGGCAAAGGGGACAACAUCAAGACACCUCACAAGGCCAACGAGACGGAGGAGGAUGACAUCGAAGGGAACCUGCUGCUCCCGGACGGGGUCCCCCCGGAGCGGCAGUGGGCCCGGUUCUACAUCAAGAUCUACCGCGCCGAGGGGCUGCCGCGCAUGAACACCAGCAUCAUGGCCAACGUCAAGAAGGCCCUCAUCGGGGAGAACAAGGACCUGGUGGACCCCUACGUGCAGGUGGCCUUUGCGGGGCAGAAGGGAAAGACAUCCAUACAGAAGAGCAGCUACGAGCCCCUCUGGAACGAGCAGAUCAUCUUCACGGAGAUGUUUCCCCCGCUGUGCAAACGGAUCAAGAUCCAGAUCCGGGACUCGGACAAGGUCAACGACGUGGCCAUCGGGACCCACUUCAUCGAUCUGAGGAAGAUCUCCAAUGAAGGGGACAAAGGUUUCCUGCCCACCUUCGGGCCCGCCUGGGUGAACAUGUACGGCUCCACGCGGAACUACACCCUGAUGGACGAGCACCAGGAGCUCAACGAGGGCCUGGGCGAGGGCGUCUCCUUCCGCGCCCGGCUCCUGCUGGGCCUGGCCGUGGAGAUCCUGGACACCACCAACCCCGAGAUCAACAGCUCCACUGAGGUGCAGGUGGAGCAGGCCACGGCGGUGGCUGACAACUGCAGUGGGAAGAUGGAGGAAUUCUUCCUCUUCGGAGCCUUCCUGGAGGCCACCAUGAUCGACAGGAAGAUUGGGGACAAACCCAUUAACUUUGAGGUCACCAUAGGUAACUAUGGCAACCAGGUGGAUGGCUCCAGCAAACCUCUCCUGCGGAGGAAGAAAGAGGGAGGGGAUGGGGACGAGGAGGAGUCGGAGCUGCUCCAGAAUUCCAGUGAGGAGGAAGGUGGCGAGGAUGGAGAGCUGGUUUCCGUUUCUUCAUCCCAGCCCAUGAAGCCUCUGGUCACGGACAGGAAUUACUUCCACCUGCCCUACCUGGAGAAGAAGCCCUGCAUCUACAUCCGGAGCUGGUGGCAGGACCAGCGGCGCCGGCUCUACAACGCCAACAUCAUGGACAAGAUCGCGGACAAGCUGGAGGAGGGCCUCAACGACGUGCAGGAGAUGAUCAAGACGGAGAAGCCGCACCCGGAGCGGCGGCUGCGAGGGGUCCUGGAGGAGCUGAGCAGCGGCUGCCUGCGCUUCCUGACCUUGGCUGACAAGGACCAGCACCACUCGUCCUGCACGAGGCUGGACCGGGAGAGGCUCAAAUCCUGCAUGAGGGAGCUGGAGAACAUGGCCCAGCAGGCCACGGCCCUGCGCUCCCAGGUGAAGAGGAACACCAUGAAGGACAAGCUGAAGCUGGUGCAGAACUUCCUGCAGAAGCUGCGGUUCCUGGCGGAUGAGCCCCAGCACACGAUUCCCGACGUUUUCAUCUGGAUGAUGAGCAACAACAAGCGCGUCGCCUACGCCCGCAUCCCCUCCAAGGACAUCCUCUACUCCAUCGUGGACGAGGAGAUGGGCAAGGACUGCGCCAAAGUGAAGACGGUUUUCCUCAAGGGAAAAGCCGACUUCAUGGGCCGGACAUUCGCCAAGCCGGUGGUGAAGAUGUCGGACGAGCAGUACUGCCCACCGCGCUUCCCACCCCAGCUGGAAUAUUACCAGAUCUACCGCGGCAAUGCCACAGCCGGGGACCUGCUGGCCGCCUUCGAGCUGCUCCAGAUCGGCACUGGGGGUAAAUCAGACCUGCCCCCCAUCGACGGCCCCACGGACAUGGACCGAGGUCCCAUCCUGCCGGUGCCGCUGGGAAUUCGGCCGGUGCUGAGCAGAUACAGAGUGGAGAUCUUGUUCUGGGGGCUCAGGGACCUGAAGAGAGUGAACCUGGCCCAGGUGGACCGGCCCCGUGUGGACAUCGAGUGUGCCGGGAAGGGUGUCCAGUCUGCCCUGAUCCAGAACUACAAGAAAAACCCCAACUUCAGCACUUUGGUCAAGUGGUUCGAGGUGGACCUCCCGGAGAACGAGCUGCUGCACCCGCCCCUGAACAUCCGCGUGGUGGACUGCCGCGCCUUCGGGCGCUACACCCUGGUGGGCUCCCACACCGUCAGCUCCCUCCGCAAGUUCAUCUACCGCCCGCCCGACAAGAAAGAACAGCACUGGAACAUGGAAGAGAAGGAGAAAAAGAAGAAGAAGAAGAAAGGAGGAGGAGGAGGAGGAGGUGGGGAGGAAGUGGAGGAGGAGGAGCCGGACGAGAGCAUGUUGGACUGGUGGUCCAAGUACUUCGCUUCCAUUGAGACGAUGAAGGAGCAACUCCGGCAGCAGGAAGCGGCCGCGGCAGAGGCAGAGGAGAAGGAGGAGAUGGAGAUUGGAGAGGGCUCCAAGGCCCAGGUGAAGAACAAGGACAAGGACAAGUCCAAGGCACCCAAAGAUGACAAGAAGAAGAAGCAGCAGCCUGUCCCUGAGCUCCCCGAGAAGAAGAACAAGCAGAAGAUCGAUGAGCUCAAGGUCUUCAACAAAGAGCUGGAAACGGAGUUUGACAACUUUGAGGAUUGGCUGCACACCUUCAACCUGCUCCGGGGGAAGAUUGGGGACAACGACGACAACGCCACGGAGGAGGAGCGGAUAGUGGGGAGGUUCAAAGGCUCCAUGUGCGUCUACAAAGUGCCGCUCCCCGAUGACAUCAGCAAGGAGGCAGGAUAUGAGCCCACCUUCGGGAUGUUCCAGGGGAUCCCCAGCAACGACCCCAUCAACGUGCUGGUCCGAGUCUACAUCGUGCGGGCCACGGACCUCCACCCGGCCGACAUCAACGGGAAAGCCGAUCCCUACAUCGCCAUCAAGCUGGGCAAGACGGACAUCAAGGACAAGGAGAACUACAUCUCCAAGCAGCUAAACCCUGUUUUUGGGAAAUCCUUCGACAUCGAGGCCACUUUCCCCAUGGAGUCCAUGCUGACCGUGGCUGUGUACGACUGGGACUUGGUGGGCACUGACGACCUGAUCGGGGAGACCAAGAUCGACCUGGAGAAUCGCUUCUACAGCAAGCACCGGGCGACCUGCGGCGUGUCCCAGACCUACUCCAUCCACGGGUACAACACCUGGCGUGAUCCCAUGAAGCCUUCCCAAAUCCUGUCCAAGCUGUGCAAAGAGGGAAAAGUGGAUGGGCCGCACUUCGGGCCAGGGGGAAGAGUGAAAGUUGCCAACAGGGUCUUCACCGGCCCCACGGAGAUCGAGGACGAAAAUGGCCAGAAGAAGCCGACGGACGAGCACCUGGCGCUGGCGGUGCUGCGGCACUGGGAGGACAUCCCGCGGGCCGGCUGCCGCCUCGUCCCCGAGCACGUGGAGACACGGCCGCUGCUCAACCCCGACAAGCCGGGCAUCGAGCAGGGCCGCCUGGAGAUGUGGGUGGAUAUGUUCCCCAUGGAUAUGCCAGCGCCCGGCCCUGCCAUCGAUAUUUCUCCCAGGAAACCAAAGAAGUACGAGCUCAGGGUGAUCGUGUGGAACACCGACGAGGUCGUCCUGGAGGACGACGACUACUUCACCGGCGAGAAGUCCAGCGACAUUUUUGUCAGGGGGUGGCUGAAGGGGCAGCAGGAGGACAAGCAGGACACGGAUGUCCAUUACCACUCCCUCACUGGUGAAGGCAACUUCAACUGGCGCUACAUCUUCCCCUUCGACUACCUGAUGGCCGAGGAGAAGAUUGUCAUCUCCAAGAAGGAGUCCAUGUUCUCCUGGGAUGAGACCGAGUACAAGAUCCCCGCCCGCCUCACCCUGCAGGUCUGGGACGCCGACCACUUCUCGGCCGAUGAUUUCCUGGGGGCCAUCGAGCUGGAUCUGAACCGCUUCCCCCGAGGAGCCAAGACGUCCAAGCAGUGCAGCCUGGAGAUGGUGACCAACGAGGCUGAGCUGCCCAUGAUCUCCAUCUUCAAGCAGAAGCGGGUCAAGGGCUGGUGGCCGUUCGUGGCCAGGGACGAGAACGACGAGCUGGAGAUCACCGGCAAAGUCGAGGCCGAGCUGCACCUUCUGACAGCGGAGGAGGCUGAGAAAUCCCCCGCUGGGCUGGCUCGCAAUGAGCCCGAUCCCCUGGAGAAGCCCAACCGCCCGGACACGUCGUUCAUCUGGUUCCUGAACCCGCUCAAGUCCAUCAAAUACCUCAUCUGCACCCGCUACAAGUGGCUCAUCAUCAAGAUCGUGCUGGCCCUGCUGCUCCUCAUCAUGGUGGCCCUGUUCCUCUACAGCAUGCCCGGAUACAUGGUCAAGAAGCUGCUGGGAGCGUGAAGGGCUGGAGCCUCUCCCGUGUCCCCAGCCCCAGG